GUGGAACAUGGUCAUGUUCUUUUAUCAAAAUUUCAAUUAUUCUUUCUAUCAUAUGCAAAACUUAAAAGGGUUUACAGCAAUGAGAAUACUUAAAACUUAAAAGUGUCCUAUUAAUAGGUACUAAAAUUAGCAUUUUUUAUACGGGACCUUUUUAUCUAUGUUUUGAAGACAGUAUUAGCCAUUGAAUUGAACUGUCCGAGUGCACUACCAGUUUUAAUUAACAUAUAAUAUUCACGAGUUGAACGUUAAAUAUAAUACUCAAUUAAAAAAAAAAAAAUAUUUUGAAUUUUAAAAUUUAUUAUUUAUAAAAUUUUGAAUUUAAAUCACAAUGAAAAAUUGGAGUGAUUUGGUAAAAUUAAUGUACUUUGUAUUGAUAUGCAUUUAUUCAAAUACAGAAGCAGCUCCUACUUCUAAUGAAAAUAACGAAGUCCCAGUUUCGUUUCCGCGGUCGGUAACCGAAUUGAUCGAAUGGGAACCAUUUAAUGAGAUAUGGAAAAAAGCAAUCGAGACUGAAAUGAUGAAACAAGUAGGCGACAAUCAGGGAACAGUUAAAUCCAACAUGAUAGGCGACUUUAUGAUUUCCGAAAAGGGACAAAGUGGCACUUGCGACCUUAUGGCUCAAGGAAUGACACAGAUGAGUGGAUCUAUGCCUGGUUUGGGUCCACUGACUACAUUUACUAGUUCCGAUAAUUUUUCUCAUGCCAUGUGUGAUGUAACCAAGCAAUCUAUGACUCAAGCUGGUACUGGUAUGAAUGGAUUAUACCGCCACUCAAAUGAUGAAAAAGUUGACAUUACUAAAGUUGUCAAUGAAUAUAUUAGAUCAAAAUAUCACGAGAAUGCAAAAAAAAAACUAGCAAAACUGUUUCGAUGUGUAACCUUUAAAUCCUAGUUUCCUAUGAGUAUUUUAUUAUUAUAAGCUUUUUUUUUUUAACUUUUACUAAGCAUUUACUGUACUAAGAUAUCUUACACGUUAAUGGUUUAUACUGUUAUUAUUAUAGUUCAUUUUUAAUCUAAAUAUUACUAAAGUUUUUUUCAAGCUAUUUAUGGAAUUUCAAAAUCUUUAAAUAAUUAUAAAAAAAUAAUAUGAACCUACCUGAUUUUAAAUAAAUAUUCGUUAUGUAAUAAAUAAGAUUGAUUUUUAACAUUAGUGCGUAAUUACUUUAUUGUACCUAGUAACCAGACGUAAAUCAUAGAUCACUUGCAGGGAAGUUAAUGUAAAAUUAAACAAAAUUAAAAUCUUUCGUUUAACGAAUUUACGUGACACACUUAUAUAGAGUGUACAGUAAGUAAGGAAACAGGUUCCUUACUUACUGAACACUUUGUAUAUUGUUUACGAGGCCCAAGGUCCGUUUUAAAUUUACUCCUUUAUACAUCGAAAAUAAAUAUUUUUUAUGCGAUUCAUCUAACAAUAAGUGUAGAUAAAUGAAAAAUAAAAAAAAUUGUUAUUAAAUUAGAUUUUAUAAUUAUUUUUACAAAUAUUUAAAAAACAGUCAUAAAUUCAUACUGGUAUUUUCAUAAUUCGAUUACUGAAUACAUAACAUUUAUAAACAAUUUGUCGUACAAGUGUUGUUAUUUAAUGAUCCUUUUUUUAUUUUUUAUUUGUGAUACGUUUGUUCGGUUUAAUAUUUAGUUAACAUAUCUAACAGUUUCAUUUCUAAAUAAAAAUCUCGUUUUUUCAAACAAUAUAAGUUUGUAUUAUAAGUAAUAUGCUAUUUAUCUUACCUUAGUAAUUUUAACUUAUUAUAUAAAAAAUGGUUAAAAAUUAUGAAUGAUUUUGUAAGAAAUUAUUACAAUUAUUUUUGAUUAGGUUCUCAGUUUAUUUAAACUCGUGAUGUAUUAAUACAUCUGUUAUUUAACUACAAUAAC